AGGGAGCCCCCCUUUCUCUUUGCAAGAUUAAAACCCCCCAGGCAGCGCACAGAGCUAAAGUUGUGGGUGUGUAGAAAGGAAUUUCACUUUAUUGUGAUCGUGCACGAGAUUUGUUUGUUUAUUUUGGGGGUUUCUCUUGUUCCUCCCCCCACCGCCACCCCCCACCAACCUACACUUUACAUUCUCCUCCCUGCCUUCCGAGCUAGGGGAAGGAACCGACCCGUAUUAGCACCGACUUUAACUCCAAGUUGGGAACACACGGCGCAUUUGAGGUGCCUGACAGGGCUGGCCGGGAAGAACUGCUGACCUGUCUAAAGAAAUAUAUCUGCGUCUCCCGGAAUGGCAGGACAGAUGGUGCCCGUUCGCACCGAGGCGACUUCUCUCGAUGGCACACACCGAGCGGAGCUGAUGAGCGGUUUGUUUUUAUGGCAGGGAGGUAGCGAUGCCCUCGGACAUCCCGUGGCAAGGGCUUGAUGGGAAAUGUCCGCUCCUGUACAGGCGCGGGUGCCUGUACCGAGACGCGUACCGGGAGGGCGGGGGGCAGCGGCGUAGCUCCCGCCCGCUCCUGCCCCGUCCCCGUGUACAUGACCUGCCGCAGGAUGGCCGAGGAAAGGGGCUUUCGUCACCCCUGUCAGAGCCGCGCCCCCAGUUCCCUCCAAAUUGGUUCUAAAGGUCGCUCCCCGCUCGCCCCCACGCCCCUCGGCCUCGGCGGCCUCGGCGGAGCCCCGGCAGCACCGGGCCGGGCUCUCGCUGCCUUUGUGCCGCCCGCGGGGCCGCGCAGGAGCCCGUGUCAGGCAGCGCACGGGGGUGAGGCAGGGCGCCCCCGGCCCUCUCGCUCUGAGCCGCUCUCCCGGGGCCCCGGCGGGGCAGUGCCCGGGCGCGGACAGUGCCCCGGCCGCACGGGCAGUCGCGGCCCCCUCGGCACCCCCGGCCCCGGUGGCGGCUCCGCCGGCGGAGCGGCGACCCCGGCAGUCAGUGCCUCUCCUCCCCGCGCCCGGCUCCGCAGCUCCCGAGUGACGCGCAGCCCGCCGCGCUGGUCCAUCCGCACACAUUUCCAAUCUCAUGGCUCAUAAACUAUUAGCGAAGGGAUUUCAUUAUUCACCUUCCGUAUCUUACAAAGGAGAAAGGGGAAAAAAAAAAAUCAGCAAAAAGCCAAACCAACAAAACACGCGCUUCUGGUAACAGCAAGACCGGGCCGGGUUUAAAUCCCAGCGCCUGCCCAGGCUCAGGACUCUGGGCUCGGCUCGGGGCUGGCUCCGCCGAGUUCCUUCCUCUGGCGCUGGGCUCCGGCCGCGGCUGCUUGUCCCGGAGGGACUGCGGCGGUCAGCCUCGGCCCAGGGCAAAGCUAAGCAAAGCAAAGCCGUGAACUGCGUUUUACCGGCCACGGAGAAAACAUUCCAGAAGAAAGAAUAAAACCUUGAGGAUGAAAGG